AUGCAAAUUAUGAAACUUAUUUAUUAAGGUUAGAUGUAAAGAGUAGGUGGACAAUAGGAUUAAUCUAAUUAACAAAAUAAACAAUAAUCAUCAAAGUCACUUUAAUAGUAAAAUAACAGAUAAAUUAAUUUACUAGAUUAUGGUGAGAACUUUACCUCUAUUGAAGUUUCUAAAAUCUAGAUUUAGUAAGCCUAAAAUUCUAAUGAAGAAUAAUCAAGAACGAACUCUAUUUAAGUAAAACCAAAAUUAUAAUAAAAUGCAAAUGAUCUACUAGAUUUAGAUGAUAGACCAAGUCAUUAAAUACAAGUUUAAAUUGAAUAAAGUUCUGGUCCUGAUUUAUCAUUUUUAAAUUUAUCUCCAUUAAAAUAAAAUGAACCUUGUUUAAAAAUGCUUGAGAAAAUGGUGAUUGCUUAGAAAGAUGGUAGAUUGAAAGAACUCAAAAUAUUUGGAUAAAUUGCUUUAGAUGGAGAUUUCACAUUUGAUGAUUAAUCUAAUCUUUAACUUUUGGGACAAUAUUGGUAAGAUAAUUAUGGAUGUUAAAGAAGAAUCACUCCAAAUUCAUUAGAUUUAUAAUAAUUGAAUGAGAAUAGUUAUAAAAUGGUUAUCAAAAAUGCUAAUUACAAGGUUCCAAAAGGAAUCAUUGAUUAUAUCAUUCCAACAAAAGCAUUUACAUAAUAAAGGAUUCCAGUUAUUUUUUUGUAUAGAUUAGAAUGUGUAUAAUCAUUUGCCAGUUAUUGUCUUCAAUAUAAAGUAAAUGAUUAAUGGUAAGCUCCAUUGCAAGAUAUCAUUAUUGAAGUGAAUCUUGAAAAAGAUGUAGAAUUUGAUGAUUUAAAAACAAUCCCAGUAGCAUAAAAUGUAAAUGAUAAAUAAAUUACUUGGAAGGUAAAAAUAUUUAUUAAUUUUAGGCUAAACAAUUACUUCAAUAAUAGAAAGGCAAAUUGAUUUUGAAUCUUAUAGGCAUUAAAAAAUAAGGACCUUAAAUUCUAAAUCAUAUUAGAAUUAGUUUAAAAGCUAAUGUAAUUGAUUUAAUUUAAUUUAGACAUCUGUUAUUGAAAAUAUGGAUAGCAUAAUGUUUUAUAAUAGUUAAGAAUACAAAUGUUAGAAAAAGCUAAGUGUAGAGUAUAAAAUAUAUCCAAAUUCUUGA